UAGAGCUAUUGGGGGAUGCCGAGAUCAGUUCGAGUCGUUCACUAUCCGAUAACGAAAUGCGUACCCUCAUCCUUGUUGCUCUUGUUGCUCUGGUCGCUGUGGCCUCUGCCCAAGGACCUGGAGGUCCUGGAGGUCCUGGAGGUCCUGGAGGUCGGGGCCCACGUGGUCCCGGUGGCCCCGGUGGUCCAGGAGGCCGCGGUCCUGGUGGUCGUGGUCCAGGCGGACCAGGAGGUCCAGGAGGCGGACCAGGAGGACCAGGAGGACCAGGUGGACAUGGACAUGGACCAGGACCAUGGGGACCGCCGUGCAAACCAAGCACCACCACAGAGGCCUCAACCAGCGCUUCCUCCACCACAGCUUCCUCCACCACAGCUUCCUCCACCACAGCUUCCUCCACCACAGUGUCCUCAACGGAAUCCUCAGGCGACACAACCCAAUCCUCGAACUCUUCUUCUUAAGUCGCUUGAGCUGUUCACGCUGGAAGUUUGUCUUCUUGGUUUGACAUUUGUGAAUAUUAAAGAACGAUUCUGUGCAUAAUA